AUGCCACCAAAACGCCAAGAGGCCUCUGAGCCAGCCUCGACACCCGAGCCAAAGAGGCGUGUCACGCGUUCAUCUGCCAGAACAAAUACAGGAGAUGCGGAGAACUUCCCAGACUCAACAAGCAAAUCGCUUGAGGCGAAACCAAAGGCGUCGGAAGGACAACAGGCGGCUAAUCCUAAGAAGCGUUCACCAAAGGAUGCGACAUCAGAGGCAGACGCGCAGCCCGAGCAAGAAAGCGACUCAGCACCCCAGAAUCGCAGAACCCUCACCAUCACGCACGACCUCGUCAAGAAACCAAUCGAAUGCCACCAAUACACUCCCACAUCAUCGCCAUCCAGCCCAUCACCAACCCUAAUAUUCACCCACGGCGCAGGCGGCACACUCUCCGCCGACGCCGUAGUAGACUUCUGCACCGGAUACUCCUCUUCUCUCCCCGUUCUCGCUUUCCAAGGCUCCAUGAACCUCAAAGCGCGUACCAAGGGCUUCCACGCAUGUAUUGAUGAGCUGAACUCCAGUCAAGCGACUGCACUAAAGGGAGCAAAAGAGGACACGUCUGGUUCAAAGACAUUGUUACUAGGCGGACGAAGCAUGGGCGCCCGAGCUGCUGUCAUUGCAGCCAGUGAACAUCUCGCCUCGCUAAACGACAAGGAAAGAGAAGAACUGAGCAUACAGCUAAUACUCGUUUCCUACCCACUCCUCGGCCCCAAAGACGAUAUGCGCGAUCAGAUUCUCCUCGACCUACCCAAGAGCGUCCGCAUACUCUUUAUCAGCGGCGACGAAGACGCUAUGUGCCCGAUCGAUACGUUGAACGAAACGAGGGAUAAGUUGACGGCGAAAUCGCAGCUCGUUGUUGUUACCGAUGCGAACCAUGGGAUGCAUGUCGUUCCCGCUAGCAGGACGCAAAGAGUAGGAGAAGAAACAGGACGAUGGGCAGCGCGAUGGGUAGAAGGAGGACUCGUAGAGGAUGAGGUAUUCAUCGAUGAGCUAGAAGGAGAAGAAGAAUGGAAAUAA